UAUAAAUUCCCCCGACUCUGUCUGGCAAAGGAGCAGGAGCUGCACAGCGAGGGCAGGCAAGAUGGACAACAGCUCCAAAGAGCCUCUGAUGGAGGAGGCACCUCCGAGGUACACAGCCUCCCCCCGCCUGCCCUGCAUCCCUCACCAGCUCAAAUGCCUCUUGAUUGUGGUGGUGGUGGUGGUGAUUCUCAUGGUGGUCAUCAUUGCCUUCCUUCUGUUGGGGCUACACAUCACUGAGACACACGCUGAACAGCAGGUCUUACGAAUGACCAUCCAUGGUCUGGAUGAUGAGGGGACGCCCCAGCACCUCUCCAUGAGCAAGAAGGAAAGGACCGGGAUGUUUGCCGUGCGGGAUCGGUUCAACAGCUCUGCCAUGGUGGUGUAUGACUACAGCAAGCUGCUGGUCAGCUACAGGUCCUGGCAUCACCACGCCUGCUACAUCACCCGCAUGGACAAGGACAACAUCCCAGGGCUGGACACUGUCAUCCAGACCUUCCAGCACUGGCAGGCUGAGGUGAAGGAGGCCAGGGACAAUGCCAUACCACUGGCUGACCGGUCCAUCCUGGGCACCACCAUUAACAUCCUCUGCAGCACUGUCCCCAUCUACUGGGCAUAGCGGCUGCUGGGGUCAGCUCUCGAGGGGAUGGGACAGGGAGAUGGGGGCGUCACUGUCCCUGUGCUCCCUGCAUUGCCUUCCAGGCAGGAUUCCCAGGCACCUUCUCUCCUUCCCAGCUCCCUCCCACGUGCAGCUCAGCACUGCAGCUUUCCCACGGCACUUGCAAUAAACAAGUGGGGUUUGCUUUGA